GGAAGCUCUUUACAGAUAAGGCUGCAGGCUUCAGCAGAUUCGCUGGGCUGUCUGACAGCCCAGGCACGGGUUCCCACUGAGUUGGACUGCAGCUGGGCUCUAAAUAAGCAGCCAUGAGGUUUCUUGGAGCAGUAUCUGUAUCAGCCGGGGACCGUCAGGACAGCACCUUCGCCUAGUGUGUGUCCAGGAGGCAGUGUCCUGCCUGCACUCAUGAUGACGAGGGACCUGGCUCUGGCAGGCAUGCUGAUUAGCCUGGCUUUCCUGUCACUGCUGCCAUCUGGAUGUCCUCAGCAGACCACAGAGGACGCCUGCUCUGUGCAGAUUCUUGUCCCUGGCCUCAAAGGGGAUGCAGGAGAAAAGGGAGACAAAGGAGCCCCAGGACGGCCAGGAAGAGUCGGCCCUACGGGAGAAAAAGGAGACAUGGGGGACAAAGGACAGAAGGGCACCGUGGGCCGCCAUGGAAAAAUUGGUCCCAUUGGCGCUAAAGGUGAAAAAGGAGACUCUGGUGACAUUGGACCCCCUGGUCCCAGUGGAGAGCCUGGCAUCCCAUGUGAGUGCAGCCAGCUGCGGAAGGCUAUUGGGGAGAUGGACAACCAGGUCACUCAACUGACAACUGAGCUGAAAUUCAUAAAAAACGCUGUUGCUGGUGUGCGUGAGACUGAGAGCAAGAUCUACCUGCUGGUGAAGGAGGAGAAGAGGUAUGCAGAUGCCCAGCUGUACUGCCAAGGCCGGGGAGGCACGCUGAGCAUGCCCAAGGAUGAGGCAGCCAACGGCCUAAUGGCUUCGUACCUGGCACAGGCCGGUCUGGCCCGAGUCUUCAUAGGCAUCAAUGACCUGGAGAAAGAAGGUGCCUUUGUGUACUCGGACCGCUCCCCCAUGCAGACUUUCAACAAGUGGCGCAGUGGAGAGCCCAACAACGCCUAUGACGAGGAGGACUGUGUAGAGAUGGUGGCCUCAGGGGGCUGGAAUGAUGUGGCCUGCCACAUUACCAUGUACUUUAUGUGUGAGUUUGACAAGGAAAACUUGUGAGUGCUGGCAGGCCGUAGCUCAGGGGAGACAGCCAUCUGAACCCUAUCCUUUAGAGAGACUCAGCCUUCCAGACACCAGUGGCCACAAGCUAUCCCUGAGCAUCAGUC